AUGAGGCAGAAAUGCAAUGGAAGGCUUCCAAGUAAGACGUUCAUAUUUUUUUCUAUUCUAAAAUUUUUUCCAUACGAUAAAAGUUCAUUCUAUAAAGUUUAUUUUUCACCUCUGCUCUAUGUAUGUCCUACAGGAUUAUUUACAUAAAUAUAUGAGCAGGACCGUUGUGCAUUAUUCAUUCCAACAUAAACAGCAUUCCCCCAACGCCUCUCAAGUUUCUUGGUAGGUAAAACUCCGAAACCAAGAAACGCGGGAAGACCAAAAACCCAUACAAAGUUUUUUAUCAACAAAAUGCCACUGGCACUAUAGCAGUCCAAAUUUUUUCAAAAUAGAAUGACCAGUAAGUCAUCUUUCUUCUAUCAGUAUUUUCAUUAAGUGCAUGGGCAUUUCUCGCUCACUUUUACUUUAGAAAAGCACAGUAAAAACUGUCCGGAGCGCUAUCUCUGGAGGUACGAACUCCAUGGACUCUCUCAAGUCAUCGUCGCCAAAACUUUGACUUCAAGGAUUGUAUGGGUGGUUCUGGUACUGCUUUGUCUUCUAAUUGCAGUGUUCUUCACGGACAAGGUUGUCAGUGAGUAUAUAGCGCGACAGACAGCGACUUUGAUCACAUUCAAACGAGUGAACCGGCUUCAACUCCCGAUAAUUGUGGCAAGUCUCUUUUUUUGGGGAAUUAUAUGAGGUGGGAGGCUCGGAUCUCGAUGAAACAUGGGCCUGAAUUCAGAUCGAUAUAUUUAGACGGAACUUGGCACAAAUUUCGAAUAUUUUUUUUUCAGGACGUAUUCGAGCCUGCGCAGAAAUGACACAGAUUUUUAGGUCGAAAAUUGGCAAAAAUUUGAGACUUUUUUGCGAAUUUUGAUGUAAAAACUUUUGUGUUCAUUUCUACCGUAGAGGGUAAUGCUUACACAAAAAACCAUUUUUUCUACGCAAAACGAGCAAAGAUAGGCCCAAAAACUUUUCUCUAACCGCUCUCCGCGUUUCGCGUACCCUCUCGGCCGCAAAAAUUGUUGAAUAUCUCGGUUGUCGUUGCAAAGCGCUAGCUAAAAUUUUCUGGAAUUGACAUGUGUUCUAUGCUUGAAAUGUGUGUAGAGUUUAAAGAAAAUCUGGGCGUCGCAAUUACUUUUAUUUUCUUUGUUAAUCAACUCUUCCAGGUCUGUCCCAAAAACCCGGAUGCCAUCAACAUGGAGGCGGUAAAGAAAGAGAUACGAAGUCGAUUUAUCUUCACAACGGAAAAGGAUACAAUAGACUUGAUAAGCUUCGCAAUUGCCGGCUCCGGAUUGGCCAAUAUGGAGCCGGUGGUAAGCCAAUGGACUAUGUUGAAAAUUCAGCGGCUGAAUUCGCUUCUGCUUCGAUGGAAAGGCGAUAGAAAUUACACCCAAUUCUAUAAUGAUCUCUUCUUCAAAAACGGAUACAAAUGUGAGGAUGUAUGUGGUUGAUAUUCAAAAACUUUGUUUCUUUUCAAUUUGUAAAAUACGGCCAUCAAAUCUUCAAGUUUUUAGAUGUUCCAUUCAUGCUUCAUUGGGUAUGAUGAGUUCGAUUGUUGCGAAAAAUUUCGACCGCAAUACGUAAUGUUGCGAGGGAAGUGCUUCAGGAUGCAGCAGCACUUCCAAACCGACCCCGAUUACCAUGGACGGGUCGCAUUGCAGAUCAAACAACUGCCCAGUCCGAUUGUAGAGAGCUCCAAAUUGCAGGUAGGAUAAAAGAAAGUCAUAAGAAGAUAUCAGUCUGUCGGGAAAAUAAUGAGCGCAAUGUGAGUCAAACGAGUCGCUGAACUGAAAAGCAAUUUGGUUUUUUCGCAACAAAAAAUUUUUAAAUGUAGGCGAAGUAAAUCAUUGUGGGGAGAAAGUCAAUAGGGGCUAUUCAUAUCAUUGUAUAGGCCUUUUUUCGCUCUACCUGGAAACCAAUUUUUACUCUUUUUCAUUUUUGGGCUUGCUGUAAUAGUUAUCCGCCGAGGCGCGCAGCCCAGUUGUCAUUUUGAGCGAAAAUCGGGACCGAUCGAUGGCGACAGAAAAGCUCGCGACACAAUACAUUUUCCCGGCGGCGACGUGAUUUUUGAUGAGAUAGUGUGCCGAUUAUUUUCCCGACAAACUGAUAGUCCAUUUGUAAAUUUGCCGGACUGAUUUCGGAGACCGCAAUAAAAAUAAUAUUUUGGCCUUGUGUUUUUUGGCCUAUUUUUCAGGCUGUUUUAUCGCCGCCAGGAACAUUUCCAACAGCAAAAAAUAUUGUCGAUCCUUGUAGAAAGACAAGUACAGUUUGUUGCAUUAUGCCAAAAACCCAAAAUUGGCAUCCUAAUUUUUUGUUUCAAAGCGAAAAGAUUGUGCGAAAAAUGUUCACUUUGCACUGUGCAAUAGUCUUUUUCGGGCUGUCGCUCGCACCCUGACGUUCUCUGCAUAUUUUAAACGCCAAAGAUCGCUCCAACGACUUUACGAACUUUUUUCAGUGUCGGGAGAAUAAUGUGGAUUUUUUGCCGCAAAAUUGCUCGCGUCAUUUCAUUUGCGUGCCAAAUCUCCAGCCGCGGUAGUCGUCUCAGAAAAAUUAUGGGCAAUUCAAAGACUCGAAGAAUCCACAUUAUUUUCCCGACAGACUGACGAUUACAGUCCGACUUUUUCACAAAAGUCUAUUGCACGAUGCAAAAAGCAAGAAAUCGGUGCAAAGUAAAAUUUUGCUUUCGCACAGUGCACGUCGCGAAACUCACUCCAGCGACUUUACGAACAAUUUAGUAUUCAAAUUGACUGUAGAUUUUUUCAGCCUCAAGCAGUGAUCUUUUGCUCCGACAAUGACACGGAUAUCUCAACUUUUCCGAGGUCAGUUUUGACAAUUUUUACAUCCAUUAUAGGCUUGAAAUUAAUACCCAUUCCUCUAUUUGCUUUCUAGGUUCUACGUCAACAUGAAUGAAUCGAUUUUUGUUCGAUUCGUCGCUCGUUUCCUUCGAAUGUCUCCAUGGGAAUCCGAAUGCUCCAUGCUGGACGAAGACAAAGGCCGAGCUACAUGUUAUGUCAAAAAAUACCAUGAGUACCGCGUACUGAACCCCUUGAAUUGCUCACUCUUUUACUUGAAGCAUCGAGCCGAGAGAUACGAAGUUUGUGCGCCGUUGGACAUUGUUUAUAAUUACAACGUGGUCGUCAAUGGGGCUUUGGGAUUUAUCGAUGACAAAAGGGUGAGAAAACAGAAAAUUUAUGGGAACUAGAAGAGUGAGAGGUUGAGGAACCAUGUGUAAUUUUAGUGUCUUCCUCAUUGCAAUCGUUGGUACUACGAGUUCAAGAUCACUCGAUCGGAAAUAAGUCUCCGUUUCCAGCCAAAAAACACAACAUUCUUUAGGUUUGAAAGUGGCUUUGCUGAUCUAAAGGUGAGCCGGCUCUCUGUACAAUAUCAAUCUGUCGAGAAAAUAAUGUGGAUUAGUCGCGCUUUGGAAUCGCUCAUCAUGGCUUUGUUAGCCGCGGCUGAAAAUUUGGUGUUCGGCUGCGAACAAGCGAGCAAUUUUUCUGCGAGAAAUCCACAUUAUUUUCCCGACAGACUGAUAUCAAAUCCACAUUAUUUUCCCGACAGACUGACAACAAAAAAACAAAGACAAAAAAUUACCAAUUUUCAGUACGAACUUUACGAGGAAAUACGAACAACGACGUUGCCUGGAUUCGUCUCCCAGAUCGGAGGGCAAUCCGGACUGUUUUUGGGAUUUUCGGUCAUGACGCUGGUCCAGUUUUUCCUGCUGGCUUUCAGGUUGGCCCGGUAUGCAGUCACUGUGCUGAAGAAACGGGAAUGA